AUGCAGUCACCACGUUUCCAGGCUAUAAUGCGUGUUACCAGUGGGCGGAAGAAGAAAGCUCCUGAUGUCAAGAGCUUCUCUCAUGAGCUUAAUUCCAAAGGAGUGCGGCCUUUUCCUCUUUGGAAGUCUCGUGCUCUCGGCCACGUAGAGGAGGUUCAGGUGGCAAUCAGGGUGAAGUUUGACAGAUUGAAAGAGGAAGUGAACUCUGAUUUGGCUGUUUUUGCUGGAGAUUUGGUGGGGAUGCUUGAAAAGACAUCAGAGUCUCAUCCUGAAUGGAGAGAGAGUGUGGAGGAUUUGCUCCUUGUAGCACGGCGUUGUGCAAAGAUGCCGGCUUGUGAAUUCUGGGUCAAAUGUGAAGGCAUUGUUCAGAAUUUAGAUGACAGACGACAAGAGCUAUCAAUGGGGAUCCUCAAACAAGCACACACGCGGCUGCUUUUUAUUCUUACCAGAUGCACCCGGCUUGUGCAGUUCUAUAAAGAGAGUGGUUAUGUUGAAGAUCAUAUUCUGGGGCUGCACAAACUUAGUGAUCUUGGAGUUUAUCCAGAACAGAUGUGCCAAUUUGCACAGCAGAAUAUUAGUGGUCAAUUAAGUGGUGGGAAGGAAGUAAGUGAGAAACAGAGGAAGAAAUCACAGAGGCAAGAGAAAAGCAGUUUAAUGAUGAGACAAGAUCAUUUUGAUCAACAUGUAAGUAAUGCAAAUGAAAAUGCAGAGGUUGGCACUGCCACAAGUGGUGAUUCAGCUGCAAGCAGCUAUAAGAUGUCAUCCUGGAAGAAACUUCCAUCUGGAGCUGCGAGAAAUCGUAAAGGACAUGAUACUACUGAUACAAAUUCCAAAGAUAGAUCAGAACAAUCUCAAGCUAAAGAUGAAACUCCUAGAACUGAAACUCUGGAAACUCCAUCAGUCUAUCCUCCAUCUUCUAGAACAAAAAAAACUUCUUGGCCUUUUUGGGGUGAUCAUCACAGUGUAGCAUAUGAAAAUUCGAUGAUUUGUCGUAUUUGUGAGGUUGAAAUACCAGUCGUACAUGUGGAAGAGCACUCUCGAAUAUGUACCAUUGCUGAUAGAUGUGACUUGAAAGGCUUGACUGUAAAUGAACGGCUGGAAAGAGUUGCAGAAGCCCUCGACAAAAUUCUUGAAUCAUGGAGCCCAAAAAGCACACCCAAAAGUACAGACACUCCAUGUGAAAGUUUUGAGGCUACAAGAGUUUCUACAUCAAGUACACAUGAAGAUAUUGAUGACUUGUCACCAAACCAUAGCAGUCAUUCACGACGAUGCUCCGAAGACAUGCUUGAUUGUGUUCCUGAUGUUGAUAAUGCAUUUGUUAUGGAUGACCUGAAUGUUCUGCAUCAUGUAUCAUCUGAAACGCAUUUAAAUCUAGCCAUACCUGAUCUAGGCACAUCAUCAGGAGGAAGCUUGACACCACGAUCACCAUUGUUAACUCCAAGAACUAGCCAGAUUGAUUUGCUGUUGAGUGGACGGAGAAGAAUAACAGAGCUUGAGAAUCACCAGCAGAUACACAAGUUGCUAGAUAUUGCUCGUUCUGUUGCAAAUGCAAAUGAUUGUGAUUACAGUACAUUAGAGUAUAUGCUUGAACGUCUGGAUGAGCUAAAAUAUGCCAUCCAAGAUAGGAAGGCAGAUGCCCUUGUUGUAGAAACUUUUGGAAGGCGUAUAGAGAAACUGUUACAGGAAAAGUAUGUGCACCUUUGUGGGCAGAUAGAGGAUGAAAAAAUUGACACAUCAAAUCAUAUGGCUGAUGAAGAUAGCCCAGUAGAUGAUGAUGCAGUUCGUAGUCUACGUGCAAGUCCUAUCAAUCCAUGUGGUAAGGAUCGAACAUCUAUAGAAGAUUUUGAAAUAAUGAAGCCAAUCAGCAGAGGAGCAUUUGGGCGAGUUUUCCUUGCUAGAAAAAGAGCAACUGGAGACUUAUUUGCUAUAAAGGUUUUAAAGAAGGCAGACAUGAUUCGUAAAAAUGCAGUUGAAAGUAUUUUGGCUGAGCGUAACAUCCUAAUUUCUGCCCGCAAUCCUUUUGUGGUCCGUUUUUUUUACUCCUUUACAUGCAGAGAAAACCUUUACUUGGUCAUGGAGUAUUUAAAUGGUGGAGAUCUUUUCUCUUUGUUGCGAAAUCUAGGCUGCUUAGAUGAAGAUAUGGGGCGUGUAUAUAUUGCAGAAGUUGUUCUUGCUUUGGAGUAUUUGCAUUCUUUAAAUGUCAUACAUAGGGACCUGAAGCCAGACAACUUGUUGAUUGGCCAAGAUGGUCACGUCAAGUUGACAGAUUUUGGGCUCUCAAAGGUUGGUCUUAUCAACAGUACAGAUGACUUAUCUGGUCCAUCACUUGGCAGUAGUCGAUUUCUGGAAGAUGAUGAACCCAAAGAACAACCUUCACUAAAGGGAGAACAGCGUCAGAAGCAUUCAGUUGUUGGCACCCCUGACUAUUUAGCACCGGAGAUACUUCUUGGCAUGGGACAUGGUGUAGCUGCUGAUUGGUGGUCUGUAGGGGUCAUUCUUUUUGAACUACUUGUAGGUCUUCCUCCAUUCAAUGCUGAAACCCCACAGCUAAUUUUUGACAACAUAAUGAAUAGAAAUAUACCCUGGCCCAAGGUACCAGAGGAGAUGUCGUAUGAAGCAUAUGAUCUGAUUGACAAAUUGUUAACAGAAAAUCCAAGUGAAAGGCUAGGAUCCGCAGGAGCCAAAGAGGUGAAGCAACAUUCUUUCUUCAAGGAUAUUAACUGGGACACACUUGCAAGACAAAAGGCUAUGUUCAUACCAUCAACUGAAGCACAUGAUACAAGUUACUUUAUGAGCCGGUAUAUAUGGAGCACAGAAGAUGAACAAGUUCAAGGAAGUAGUGACUUUGAUGACAUGACUGACACUUGUAGUAGCGGUUCACUCAGCAACAUACAGGAUGAAGAUGGGGAUGAAUGUGGCAGUUUGGCGGACUUCAGUGCCCCAACCCUCGCAGUGAAGUACUCAUUUAGUAAUUUCUCAUUCAAGAAUUUGUCUCAGCUGGCUUCUAUCAAUUAUGAUCUGGUUGUAAAGAGCGCCAAAGAAUCAGCAGAAGCCCCCAAACCGUCUGUGCCAUGACCGCGAGUUAGCAAAUGUGUAUAUCUGAUUACAUUAUUUGUUCAUCUGUUUUCUCAUGUGUCAGUUUCACCUUUGACACAAUCGCUUUCAUCUAUGAAUCCUUGAGGAAGAAAUUCUUCUGACCUGAGAAGUUCAAGACGAGGUUCAUCCGGGGCUCCAACCGGAAACGGAGCCGACAUCUUAUUUUCAACUGAGAGGUCCCAGACGAGGUUCAAUGUGGGCUCCAACCGGAAAUGGAGCAGUUGAUUUUUCUAACCAGCAUACAGUACAAAUGAAUUGCCGAAGCCUGUGAUAUUACACCCAAUUCUGCUCUCUCACUCUCCACCUUUUUGUUUCCCUAAUGUUAUGAUCACCUUUAUUAUUAUUUUUUAUGUAUAUAAUUUCCAUGCUUUUUAUUAGAUAAUUAAUG